CGGAGCUCGUCGUGCUUCCUGCCUUGCUGAGUGAGGGGACGGUGCUGACGGCUGGGAGGACGAAAGGAGAGACAGGGUAGCUUUUGGAAAGAUAUAAAAGAGUGCAGAACGGCCCGGGAUUUCACCGUCUGUCGGGAAAUAAACAUCUAGAUUCCCCAAAGCUGCUUGAAUUGUCACCGAAUCGGAAGCAGAAAAAUGUCUACUAGUCGUCAGCAUAGCGAGAGCAGGGCCAUCCCGACCAGGACGGUGUUGAUCAACGACACAACGCAGCUACCUCAUGACUACUGUACCACCCCCGGAGGCACUUUAUUUUCUACCACUCCUGGAGGAACUCGUAUCAUCUAUGACCGGAAGUUUCUCCUGGACAGGCGCAACUCUCCCAUCGCCCAGACUCCUCCAGCACAUCUGCCUGUCAUUCCUGGAGUUACCAGCCAAAACAUCCUGCGUGAGAACCAGAAAAAUGAGGCCAACAACCACAUCAACAAUCAUGGUGGAAAGCCUGCAGCAGGUGAUGACUCUCAGUUUGAAAUGGACAUCUAACCGACUGGAACCGCACCAUCAUAAGGAAAGAACCUGGCAUCGAUCACGCCAGCGGCUUGGCUUGUAGAAACCAAUGUUGUGAGCCCUCAUGGCAGCCAUCUUCUUUAGCUCUCUGUCUCACUGCUGGAUAUGCUGUCUUCAAACCAUGGGGAUUCAGAAAUAUCAUCCAUGCACAUACACAGCAGCUAGGCCUGAAAAAUUCGGCUUCUUUAAGUCUCCAGUUGCUGUGUAAAUCCACAUUUGCACAACAAGGGAGUGGGUCGAAAGUCUUGUAACGUAACUAACUUCCUGGUUAGUCUGUUGUAGUUUUCUGCGACUCAGGAUCCGCAACAAAACUAUGAUCAUCUUAAAAAACAAACAAACCGGGAAACGAUGAUUUUUCGAUGGGCCUUCAAAUGAAUGAAAGGCUUUCUUUUUUGCUGCAGUUUUUGGUUUGGAUGAUCCUUUUUAGCAUGUUUUUGAAACCAUCCUAUCUCUUCCUGUUUGGUUUUUCAAAGUACUUGAAAGGUUCAAUCAUUCAUUCUCACUAAGGCUGCUCAGUUUUUCAGUAAAGGCAUGUAGAUGUUAUGUUUUCAUUUUAAUUUUUCCAAAUUAUAGAAGUAUAAUUUCAUGCCAUUUCAAGCUAUGUUAACAACUAAGCAAUUUUACAAUUUCCAUUUUAUUCAAACCCCAACUGAAUGUGGAUCAUUUUAAAAAAAUUGCUUAUGAAGCAGAUUUUAAUCAUUGCCACCUAAAUAAAAAUAAGAAGAUUUUUAUUAAUGUAUAAAAUGAAAAAUAUAUAUAUAAAGUUAAGACCAAGAAGAUUUUCUGCGCUCAGCUCAGACUUUUUGUCUUUUUUAGGUGGUACUCUGCAAAUUAGGAGCAUAUCCAGACCAGAUGGAAAUGUACACAUGAAAAUGGUUCAUUUUUUAUAUUCAGUUUUAGUUGUUGUUUUUGCUAAAUAAUAACUUGAAAUGAUCCAGGUGUUUUCUAGACAUUUUAUUUUAAAUACAGUUCCCCAGCAUUUAGGUUUUUUGGGUGAAAAUUCUGACAAACGUUUACAUGUUCUCAUCAAAGAAAGGAAACAGACUUUUAUCUGCAUCCGGCUGAAUAGAUGCUGUACUAUAUUUUAGAAAUGGAUCCCCCAGUGUCCUUAAUCCAUUCGACAUGAUCUUAUUCUUUUCAUGCAUCUUAGCCACCCAUGCCUUACUUCACUUGAAAUGCAGUAACUAAACUAGUUUCCGUCUCAUCUGGUUGCACUUUCCAAGAAAGGUUUAUUUUUUUUAACUGAAUAGAAGAGCCUGUACCUGACAGUCACGCAAAACAUAUAUAUUUUUCAUCUUGAUUUCUCUCUUCAGACCUCUGUGAAGUUUAAAAAACAUUUUUUGGUGACAUUUAAAGGGUUUUCAGGUGUUGACGGCAUCUUUCUAAAAGUGCCACACUCUCAUUUUAACUCCCCCCCAACUAUUUUUGUCUCUAGUUGUUGUUUUCCACCACUCAGUACGAAUUUUGCUUACCUGAGUAAAGGGGUCACCAUGCAGCUCAUCUCGCAGUCAACCUCCGGCAGGAAUCGAUAUUCUUUAGAGUACCCUCUGCAAAUCUUUGGUGACAAAAUCAUUUAGAAUCAGGUCAAAACCUGUUUGAAAUGCACAUUCUUUGGUGAAAGUCUUCAUAUUAUGACAUCCAAACUGCAGAUUCAUUUCAAUUUCAGUUGGUUUAACGAUGGGGGCUUGGUGUGUCAUGAAAAAGAUUUAAGGCAAAUUGACUGUAACUUUCUGUUUUAAUUUCAAACAAUUUUUUAUUUCAAGUAAAACUUCAAUGCCAGUGGAGUGGACACUGUUGCUGCGAGAUCAAUAAAAUUCUUUAACAGAGAAUAGAA